AUGGCCGACGCUAAAGAUGGCAACAGUGGUGGCGACCAUUCAUCGGGGGACGGCCAGGCUAGGCUUACAGAGGAAAUCACCAUCGCCAAAUCGCCCGGCAAGGGGCGCGAUGUAGGGAUAGUGAUCUCCUCUGGCGACAACACCAAGAGGGAUAGAGCUGAGAGAAAGGCUAGAAAGGAGGCGGCGGAGAAGAAGGCUAAAGGAAAAACAACAAAUAAUCGAGUUGAUAGCGGUUAGAGGGCACUGUUGAAGAUGGAUCC